CGGUCCCAGAGCGAACAGCGACUAGGAGGCGUGAUCCCCAUAGAAGCGGAAGCGGCGGGAGGGGGAGGAUGCCUGCAAGCUCCCCCGGGAACCUUGGCCGGGGAAUGGGAGAGCAGGUUAGUGUUCCUCCAGCGAGUCCAGCCCCCGUGGCUGGUCAUCGAGGAACGAGACAUCACGCGAGAGGCCCCCGAGAGAGCCAAAAGAGAAGGACAAUUGGUCAUGUAUACAGACAGGAGCGGCUAUCAAGGGCACGUGGGGGAUGCGGCCACAGUUCCCUGCUUUGCAACCUGCAUCAAGACUUACCUAGGGCCAGAGACAGUCGCGACGGUCUACGCGGCAGAGCUCCAAGCAAUUAAUAUGGCCCUGGGCAUGGUCAAGCAGUGCCAGAGAAUCACCCGGUGGAGAACACGAGCAGUCGAGGGAGUUACUAUCGUCUCGGACAGCCAGGCAAGGCUGAAAGCCCUGCUCAGGCCC